AUGACAGAGCCAAUUCGUGUUUGGAUGGCACCCCCUGGGCCUAACCCAUGGAAGGUCAUCGUCGUACUUGAAGAGUUGAAGGUACCCUACGAGAUCAAAUCAAUUAAGUUUGAGGAGAUCAAGAAGAAGCCGUUCAUAGACAUCAAUCCAAACGGUCGUGUUCCAGCCAUUGAGGACCCCAACACAGACAUCACGUUGUGGGAGUCCGGUGCGAUCAUCACAUAUCUGAUAGAGCGGUAUGAUAGUGACCAUAUCAUAAGCUAUGACACGCUGAAGGAGAAGCAUCAAUGCAACCAGUGGCUGCAUUUCCAAAUGAGCGGUCAGGGGCCCUACUUUGGCCAGGCAGGCUGGUUCACCGUUCUGCACGCGGAGAAGCUUCCCUCGGCCAUCGAGCGCUACCAGGCGGAGGUGCGCCGCAUCCAGGGUGUCCUCGACCGCCAGCUGCAAGGCCGGACGUGGCUGGUCGGCGACAAGAUGACGUACGUAGACUUGGCCUUCGCACCAUGGAACGACCGGACCGACGCGCUGCUGGAGUGUGCUGCGACAGACAAAUUCACGGGGUUCCCAAACCUGCAGGCGUGGCACGAACGUGUGACUGGCAGGGAGUCGUGGAUCAAGGCCAUGGAAACACGCGCAGUUCUGAUGGACGAGCAGGGCCUCGACUGGCAUGGGAUGCCCAAGGGCAUGAAGAACAUGGCCGAGUAUCAAGCUAAAAUCAAGGCCGAAGAGAAAGCAGGCUAG